GCUCGCAUACCAACCAAUACCUACCACACCUGGGUGUUAAUUUGGGUGGAGCUGAGCUGAAAAUAGAAAAGGUGAAGAGUGAAGAGUGAAGAGUGAGUGUAUUAAUGAGUUAGAACGAAACGGGUAGGGUUUAGAAUUGCAGUUGCAGAUAGAUAUGGAAGCGGUUGUGGUUGACGUCGGUUCUAAACUUCUCAAAGCUGGUUUUGCAAUUCCUGAUCAGACUCCUGCCAUGAUAAUUCCCACUCAGAUGAAACGGAUGCUUGAUGAUGGUUCACCGGUUGAUGAAGUCACCAUUGAUCCAGUCGUGCGAGGAUAUAUCAGUGAUUGGGAUGCUGUGGAGGAUUUGUUGCACCAUGUUUUAUAUACUGGUCUUGGGUGGGAAAUCGGCAAUGAAGGAAACAUACUAUUUACAGACCCACUUUGUACUCCAAAGGCCAACAAGGAACAGUUGGUGCAACUAAUGUUUGAAAACUUCAACAUAUCGGGGUUUUAUGCAUCAGAACAAUCAGUGUUAUCAUUGUAUGCUGUUGGACGUAUCUCAGGGUGCACUGUUGAUAUUGGACAUGGAAAAAUAGAUAUUGCGCCUGUGAUUGAGGGUGCUGUUCACCACAUCGGUUCCAGAAGAUUUGAGUUUGGAGGUACUGAUCUAACUAAUUUCCUCGCUCAAGAACUCGGCAAAUCAAAUCCGCAAGUAAAUAUCAGCAUGUCUGAUGUGGAGAAAAUAAAAGAGCAAUAUUCAUGCUGUGUUGAAGAUGAGUUAGCUUAUCAGAAAACCCUGUAUUCUUGUCCUGUGGAGAAACAUACGCUUCCUGAUGGACAGGUGAUAACAAUUGGGAGAGAAAGAUACACGGUUGGUGAAGCUUUAUUCCAGCCAUCUCUGUUGGGUUUAGAAGCUCAUGGCAUUGUUGAGCAGCUUGUCCGUGCUAUUUCAAAUGUAUCAUCUGAUAAUCAUCGACAGCUGCUGGAAAAUACUGUGGUUUGUGGUGGCACUUCUUCCAUGAUUGGUUUUGAAGUGAGGUUUCAGAAGGAAUCUACCUUAAGUUCUUCAGCGGUUCAACCUACCCUGGUUAAGCCUCCAGAAUACAUGCCAGAAAAUUUAAACACGUAUUCUGCAUGGGUGGGAGGUGCCAUACUCGCUAAAGUAGUUUUUCCACAAAAUCAGCAUAUAACAAAGGCAGAUUAUGAUGAAACCGGGCCUUCCAUUGUUCACCGGAAAUGCUUCUGAUUGGAUUCAUCUGCACAAACGUUUAUUCCACUUGUACUGUAAAUAUUUGAACCUAGAUGUCCACACGCUUGUUUGAUUUUGAAAGCUGCAGUGUUCUUAAUUUAUGCAAUGUAAUCAUCUUACUUUGCACAACCGCCAAUACAGCUAUGCAGGUAUAUUAUUUAAGUAAAAUACUCGUUCAUGUACAUGUAUGUUGGAGCACUAGGAGUUUGCUUUUCUUUGGAACAUGAAUAUCGCCUUUAAGGUAUUUAUUUCGACCCUUUGUAAUCUUGUAGCUAUGCGACUACUUGGCACUUGCACACUCAUUUCUUUCCUUUUUUAAAUAGUUCUCUGUAAAUGAUAAUGUGUUAAUUUAUGUGUA